AUGUUACGGAUCACGAACCUCUGUCCAAAGGAAUUGUUACUUGUGGGCUACCACGCCGACUCGGGCACUUCUCGACAAAUUCCACGGUACAUUCGACGGCAAGCCCUCGCGGACGCGUAUGCCACGCGUAUUGGGGUACAGAAGGGGAAGGGGUCUACCGAAAAAGAUGGGUCCGCGAUUGACGAAGGUCGCGUGCCGAAACUUUUGGAACCGCAUGUCCUUUCGGCGCGUCUGAAGAAGUUGUGCGACGCAGGCAAAAUCGACGAUGCGGUGACCGUUCUGAAAAAUGUUCCCCUCGGUGCGCAAAAUGUACCCGUUUGGAACACUUUGAUCUGGGAGUGCAUGAAGGCCAAAAAAUACACCUUGGCGUAUAAAUUGUUCACAGACAUGAAACGGCGCGGACAUAGUCCGAAUACUAGGACGUACCAAACCAUGUUCUCGGGGCUUUCGCGUAUCGAGAACUGGUCAAGUCACCCAAAACAACUCGCGAACGCGCAUGCCUUAUACGACUACUUCCAGCGCCAUAUCUCGUCGGUGAAAAAGCAUGACCCCCAAUCCCCUCAACUCUCCACCAUCCCCCUCAGCUACUAUAUCAAGCUUCUCGGAGAAACGGGACACUACCAAACCAUCUUCGACGUCUACUAUGCACUGGACGGCGAGGGACCAAUGGCGCCCGACCAGUAUAUCUACACAGCGAUGUUUACUGCCUUGGCUGGAAAGAAGAUGACAGUGCAAGGGACGGCGACCUUCGACGCCAAGCUACUGUGGUCGCAGAUGCUCAAGGCGUCACAACGCUCCUCCACCGGCUUUGAAGUCGACCCCCACCUUGUCACCGCAGCCAUCUCGUCUCUCACCCAUGGACCAGCUACAGAUAAAUCAUUCGCACUUAAGCUCAUCCGCGAGUACUUCGGGCUCACUAAACCCGGCGACCCUCCAAAUCCCAUAGGCAUGAUCCAGCUGACGCCCCCUGCACUUGCAGCGGCGUUGCACCUAUGCAAUGUUUCGGGGGAUCACCAGCUUGCGCUCCAUUUCUUCCGCCAAGUGCAAGAACGUCCGGAACGCCAUGGGGGUGUCAGCGUGAUAGAUCGUCUGCAUGUCGAGGAGGUGAUGAGGGCGUACAUAUCGCUCGCUAGCGCUGGGUCUGCGAGCCCAUAUGCCUAUGAUGCGCUGAAGCUUCUGGAGUGGAUGCUCAAGCGAGAAUACACCGCACCGCGUGGCGAAGGCAUCAAAGUCCGGCCAGCAGCUUCGACAUUCAACCUCGUCCUCUCCGCUUGUUGGCACAGCUCGGACUGGGAAUCCUCCAUGAGUGCCUUCCAGCUGAUGACUGGGUACCAUGUCGCCGACUUCUCCGACAAGGCCGUCCUGGCGCACGGAAGUCCUGAUCUCUUUCCCAAAGUCGAGAAGAGGAGCGCCGGAAGGAACUUAAUACCCGAUGCCGAAACGCUCUCGACUAUUGUGCGAACGGCGCACUCUACGAGGAAUCGCGCACACGUACGCCAGGCUCUGCGAAUUGUGGAUCAUUUCGGCGGAGACAAACUCUUCGGGUUCAAUGGCAACGAUGUGCCAAGUCGCAAACAAGUCAAGCGCGGGUCAUUCUACCAGACCAAGCUUGCCGAGGUUAUCGUGUCGUCGGUUGACUUUGUGCUUGGUAAAAGCAAGGCGAUCAACGUAGGCAAACCCGGAGAAGAGCAAAAAGAGUCCUGGAAUAUGGAGGAGGCACAACGAUGGCGAGCUUUGGCUCUCCAGGCGGCUGAGGUACUUGGCAAGCUGCCAAACCAAGGAUAA